UUUUGUGUAAAAAGCCAAUCUGUCAAAAUAUACUUAUCGACAAAAUAAUUAAUUUUUGUGGUUUUUUUUACUGUAAAAAGUUUUUAGUCUAUUAAAAAGCAAAUUUAGUGCCGGAAAGAUGGGAGAAGAAAAAGAUUCUAAAGAGAGAGAUCGUAGCAGGGAAAGGAAUGAAAAGGAUAGAAGGAAAAGAUCACGUUCUAGAGAACAUAGGCGUAGAUCGAGGUCAAGAAGUCGUGGGAGAAGGAGAUCUCGUUCCCCAUCUCCAAGACUUAAACAUGCUUAUUCUAGAAGACGGAAACCAUCUCUAUAUUGGGAUGUACCUCCUCCAGGUUUUGAGCAUAUUACACCUCUUCAGUACAAAGCUAUGCAAGCAGCAGGUCAGAUUCCAGCUAAUAUAGUUGCUGAUACUCCACAGGCAGCUGUACCUGUAGUAGGAUCAACAAUAACAAGACAGGCUAGACGUCUUUAUGUUGGUAAUAUUCCAUUUGGAGUGACUGAAGAAGAAAUGAUGGAAUAUUUCAAUCAACAAAUGCACUUGAGUGGUUUAGCCCAAGCUGCUGGUAAUCCAGUUCUGGCCUGUCAAAUAAAUCUUGACAAAAACUUUGCAUUUUUGGAAUUCAGAUCUAUUGAUGAGACAACACAAGCCAUGGCAUUUGAUGGUAUAAACUUUAAAGGUCAAAGUUUAAAAAUCAGAAGACCUCAUGAUUAUCAGCCAAUGCCAGGAAUGUCAGAAAACUCCAUAAGUGUUCCAGCUGGUGUUAUUAGCACUGUAGUACCGGAUUCCCCACACAAAAUAUUUAUAGGAGGUCUUCCUAAUUACCUUAACGAAGAUCAGGUAAAGGAACUUCUUAUGUCUUUUGGACAAUUAAGGGCUUUCAAUCUCGUAAAGGACACUGCAUUUGGAUUAAGCAAAGGAUAUGCAUUUGCUGAAUACAUAGAUAUUACAAUGACGGACCAGGCUAUAGCUGGUCUCAAUGGUAUGCAAUUGGGAGAUAAACGAUUAAUUGUUCAAAGAGCCAGUGUUGGAGCUAAAAAUACUACAGUGUUGCCUGCUGUUCAAAUUCAAGUGCCAGGUCUUAGUUUAGUCGGUGCUUCAGGACCUGCAACAGAAGUAUUGUGUCUUCUGAAUAUGGUCACACCUGAUGAGCUGAAGGACGAAGAAGAAUAUGAAGAUAUUCUUGAAGAUAUCAAGGAGGAAUGUAAUAAAUAUGGUGUUGUCAGGAGUAUCGAAAUUCCGAGACCCAUUGACGGUGUUGAAGUACCCGGUUGUGGAAAGGUAUUCGUCGAGUUUAAUUCUGUGUUGGAUUGUCAAAAGGCACAGCAAACUCUUACCGGAAGGAAAUUCAGCAAUCGCGUAGUUGUAACAUCAUACUUCGAUCCAGAUAAAUAUCAUAGACGAGAGUUUUAAAUUUCGACUUAUAACAUUUUACUAUUAAGAAUUAUUUACAUGAAUACAUUUGUAUUAAAAUAUUUGUAAUAUCUACAGUUUGUUUAUAGGUAUAAAUAAAAUAUACUUAGAUUUUAGACCAA